AGUCGGCUGUCUCAGCGCGCCUGCGCCCAGCGGCCCUGCGCGCAGUGAGGCUGUGGCGGGGGAAGGCACCGGUGGGGCCGACGGGCGGGUUGAAGGAGGGAAGCGGGCGAGCGAAGUCCCAGUGCGCGCCGCGGCAGCUCGGGCACCCUCCCCUUCCGGGCGUGAGUCGCUGUGAAAAGAGCUGAAGCGAGCGGACUCGCACCGGCAGCGAGGCGCCGCUCCCGCCGCCUCAGCCCGGCCUCCCUCGGCUCCGGCGCUCCGGUCGCGGGGCCCGGGUUCCUCGGCACACCCCGCUCCAGCCGCCCCCAGAGCCUGUCCCCAGCCCUUCGGAAGCCCCGGCGCCAGCCCGGGCCGUCGGCGGGGAGGAUGACGGAGCUGCAGUCGGCACUGCUACUGCGAAGACAGCUGGCAGAACUCAACAAAAAUCCAGUGGAAGGCUUUUCUGCAGGUUUAAUAGAUGACAAUGAUCUCUACCGAUGGGAAGUCCUUAUUAUUGGCCCUCCAGAUACACUUUAUGAAGGUGGUGUUUUUAAGGCUCAUCUUACUUUCCCAAAAGAUUAUCCCCUCCGACCUCCUAAAAUGAAAUUCAUUACAGAAAUCUGGCACCCAAAUGUUGAUAAAAAUGGUGAUGUGUGCAUUUCUAUUCUUCAUGAGCCUGGAGAAGAUAAGUAUGGUUAUGAAAAGCCAGAAGAACGCUGGCUCCCUAUCCACACAGUGGAAACCAUCAUGAUUAGUGUCAUUUCUAUGCUGGCAGACCCUAAUGGAGACUCACCUGCUAAUGUUGAUGCUGCGAAAGAAUGGAGGGAAGAUAGAAAUGGAGAAUUUAAAAGAAAAGUUGCCCGCUGUGUAAGAAAAAGCCAAGAGACUGCUUUUGAGUGACAUUUAUUUAGCAGCUAGUAACUUCACUUAUUUCAGGGUCUCCAAUUGAGAAACAUGGCACUGUUUUUCCUGCACUCUACCCACCUAUUGCUGGACUUCUGUUGUACAAGUUGGCAAACACUGGCUGGAACUGGGCUGCAAUAAAACAUGCCAGUUAUCAAUGCUGACAAGAGCCUAACAAGUGCCAACUUACAGAUGAUUACGCAUUUGGAAUUCUAAUGAACUGUUUUAACCUUCAGGAAGAAUUGUAAAGACCUGUACAUAGCACAACAUGAUCCGGAUAAUAUAUAUACUGUUCAUGUACAUCCACAAAUACACCUUGUACCAAAUAAUGCUUUCUUGUAGUAGAAUAAGAAUCGUGUAAAUUCUAAAAGAUUUUAGCAGGUUUUCUUUCCUAUUCAUUGUUUCUUAUCAGUUUAAAAGGAUUCCUUUAAGCAUGUCAGAUGAAAAGCAAUUAGGAUUAAAAGUUUCCAUUUAAUUUCCCUUAAACCAUUGAGGCUUCAUUAAACUCUUUUCACUUACUAAACUUUUGUAUCUUCUUUGUUUUGACACACUCCCCUUUGCUUUUAUCUCUUAUCUGCCAGAAUGUUCUCAAAUGAUUUAGUUCCAAUACUGAAAUACUUAAUGAGCAAUUACUUGAUUUUUAAUGAUGACUUUGAAGGAGUCAUCACUAGGUGCUUUGUCCUUUUUAUAUUCUAGUUGCACCCACCUCUUGGAUUGGAUAUAGCAAUAACAUUUAUUGGCUGUUGUGAGCUCUUGAUCCCAGUCAUUACCCCCCGAGAACUACAAAUAGAUGGUUCUUAAUUCAACUUACGGAAAAUUUCCCCCAAACAAUAGCAAAUCUGACUUUUCCCCCUUCAGUUGCCUGGUAUUAAGGUUGGAUAAAUGAAGCAUGCACAGCUACAGGCUUUCUACUUAACUUCUGGGUUUGCUAUUACAAAUACUAUUUACUCUCAUACCGUUCUCCUUAGUCCUUCAUAUUUCUUUGCCUCUAUUCUUCUAUACUGCAGAUUUUUCUCACCUAUUGUACAAAGAAAUUGCGAUGUAUAUUUUCAUGUAAUUUGAUUUUGGAAUUCUGUCACCUUAUGUAGUGAGUUCUUCCAAAAUAUAAUUUUUUUUCAAUAAUUGUCAAGUUGUUGGCUUUUAUUGUAUUGAAUGAAGGCUAUAAUACUGAAUGCCAGAGAAGUGGUUUAGGAAAAUCUCAGGUUGAUUCCUUAUGCAAAUGAACUUUUAAUACUUGAAAAUCACAUGGCCAUGGCAGUGUAUGUAUUUGGUUCUAUCUGGACUCUCAUGUGAAUCUAAAAGCAUUACAGGGGUAAACACUUUGCUAUGUGACGUAUCCCAUCACUAACAAUAGUACACUUGGAUUUGAUUAAUGUUUGAGCUUAAAUAUAUUUCCUAUCAUACCGUUUUCUGAAACAACUUAAGCAAUUGGUAAAAUGAACAUGUGCAGUGUUAAAGGCAGGCCCUAGGCUCCUUCAUGUUGAUUGUGAGGUUGUGUGUGGGAAGUAGUCUUUGGCUUAUAAGGGAUAGAACUUGAAACAGUAGCAGAUGGGACAUGGUGUUUGAUUGUGAGAAUCAGUGAGAAUUCGUGCAUCUCUGCUCUGUGGGGUUUGCAGAAAUGCUUUGGCAGAAGAGUGAAGGAACUGCUGCCAAGAGCCCAGACCUCUACAAACGUUGUAUGUCCUUUUUUAAGCAGAAAUAAAAUGGUUGAGGAUGUCGUCA